CACAGCAGUACAGUAUCCAAACUAUGGCCCUAGCUCAGUUCCCCUUUGAGUCAUCCAAUCAGCUCGCUCCAGGUGUGCCUCCGUGUCUCAUGGGUCUGUAUUUAUGUCCCUCUUUUUCCAUUCCCUCACUCUCCAACCUUUGUCACAUGUUACUUUUUGUCCUGAUGGCGAAACUCUUGGUUUUCAUGCUGAUGCUUGCAUCAUGUUGCGCAAAAGUCAGCGUCCUUGUUGUCUGUGUAGAUCUUUCUGGCAAAGUUCUUGUCUUCCCAAGAGAGACUUCCACUGAUCACGUGAAACUGAUGACACCCAAAACAUCAUUUAAUGCAGUGACCGUCUGUUUCAGAUUCCUCACAGAUCUCACCAGGAACUAUGUCCUCUUCUCCCUGGCCACACCAGCAGUUAAGAAUGACUUUGUGAUCUUCAAGGCAAACUCUGACGUCAUGAGGGUUCAUGUGCGGAAUGGCGGCACGGACUUCCUGUCUCUGUCGUUUCCUCCCAAUUUCUGGCACACCUUGUGUUCCACGUGGAACUCUGCAAAUGGCAUCAGUCAGCUUUGGGUGGACGGCAAACCCACCAUCAAGAGAUUUAUCCACUCGGGACAGCCUAUUAGUGGCAUCCCCAUCACCAUCCUGGGCCAGGAGCAGGACACUUACGGGGGAGGCUUUGACGCCUCUCAGUCCUUCAUCGGCAUGAUCUCUCGACUUCACAUGUGGGACUAUGUACUCUCUCCUAGUGAGAUCAGACUCUAUGAGGAGGAGUCAAACUUUACCCCUGGAAAUGUAUUCAACUGGAGAGCUCUUGACUUUGAAAUUAUUGGAAACAUUUUGGUGGACAAUGAAGUCCUAUAGAAGCAGACAAUCAUUAAAUCCUCAAGCUGGAUUUUUGUGACACAGAUUUAAGCAUAACACUAAAUGUCUGCUUUGGUUGCCUGUCUCCCCCCCACUGAAAUGCUGUGGGGUUUCUUUAUGGAAUAAAAAAACUUGUUCAAUUG